AUUUUUAUUAAAAGUUCGUAAGACUUUCUUCCACACAACUAAAAAAUGUCCAGGUUUUUGAUUUCCACAAGAAGACUGAUGUCGCAACAAGACUUUUUGCUCGCCGGCUCUUGGAUUUCAAUGCAAUCACGAGGAAAAGCCUCCACACCAAUGAACACAAUUGUGAUGUUUGUUCCGCAACAAGAGGCUUGGGUAGUUGAGCGAAUGGGCAGAUUUCAUAGAAUUCUGGAUCCUGGUCUAAACAUUCUAGUUCCUGUUGCUGACAAAAUAAAAUAUGUCCAAAGCCUAAAAGAAAUUGCGAUAGAUGUGCCCAAACAAAGCGCGAUUACCUCGGAUAAUGUAACGCUUAGUAUUGAUGGUGUUCUUUACUUGCGCAUAAUUGAUCCUUAUAGAGCUUCUUAUGGUGUGGAGGAUCCCGAGUUUGCCAUAACUCAGCUAGCUCAAACAACAAUGAGAUCCGAGCUUGGAAAAAUGUCUCUUGAUAAAGUAUUUCGCGAAAGAGAAUCCCUAAACGUUAGCAUUGUAGACUCAAUAAAUAAAGCAAGUGAAGCUUGGGGUAUUGCAUGCUUGCGAUACGAAAUUCGUGACAUACGGUUGCCUACUAGGGUUCAUGAAGCAAUGCAAAUGCAAGUAGAAGCGGAAAGAAGAAAGCGAGCUGCUAUUUUGGAGUCUGAGGGUGUGCGUGAAGCUGAAAUUAAUAUUGCGGAGGGAAAAAGAAAAUCUAGAAUUCUUGCUUCUGAAGCUGAACGGCAGGAACAUAUAAACAAGGCUAGCGGCGAGGCUGCCGCUAUGAUAGCCGUAGCGGACGCUAGAGCUCGCAGUUUACAGGCAAUUGCCAAGUCGUUAGCCAAUUUGGAUGGUAAAAAUGCAGCAUCGCUUACAUUGGCCGAGCAAUAUAUUGAUGCAUUUAAGAAAUUGGCGAAAAGUAAUAACACUAUGAUAUUACCGUCAAAUCCGGGUGACGUCACCGGAUUUGUUUCACAGGCCAUGGCCGUUUAUAAACAUGUGUCCAAACAUAAUACCGAGUCGUCCACACAAAGCUCUGAAAACUGUUAUAAAAAAGCUGAAUACAAUCAAUUGGAAGCGGAGAAAAAUGGUGUAAAAAUGAAUAUUGAAUAAAAUGCUUAUUGCGUAGAAAAAUACUAAAUUUAUUAAAGCACAUUAUAUUUUUUUAUUUAAUUAUUGUAAUAAUGAGGAAUUCACAAUUAAUACACGUACUUAAUAGUUAAGCAUUACAUUUGAAUUA